UUUGCUCCCAGAGAUGGCUCUGGCUUAGGAAUCGCCCGAUGCAGUGAAGCACCUGCUUCCCUUCUGGCGGUUUGCUCACGCCAUCUGCCGGARCCUCCCGCUGGAAAUGCUGGGGGAGACUCGGCUGAGAACACAAAGUGGGAAAAACAGGGAAAAAUGUGCCUAGAACAGAACCACCCGGUGUGUGCCAUCGGGACUGGGAGAAACCAGCUGGGAACAACCAUCUCCAGGAUGCCUCAAAUGUAAAGAAUAAUGAAAGGUUGCUGUGACAGUGCUUUGAGGAUGUGUAGUUUACAGAAGUAGUCAACUCUUCACCCAGCAGUUGCCAGUGACUUCCAGAGUGCUCAUUCUCAUGGGACAGAAGGCUUGGAUAGAGAAGACCUUUUCUAAAAGAGAAUGCAUCUAUGUAAUUGCCAACACCAAAGACGCUACCAGGUGCUGCUGUGGCCAGCUCAUUAACCAGCAUAUUCCACCUCCUCCAAGUAUAACAGCUAAUAAAAAUGGAGAAGAAACAAAGCAAGUGGAAGCUCAGCCAGAGAAAUGGUCUGUCACUAAACACACCCAARCAUACCCAACUGAUGCCUAUGGAAACCUGGAAUUCCAGGGAGGAGGACAUUCAAAUAAGGCCAUGUACAUCCGUGUAUCAUAUGACACCAAACCAGAUUCUCUGCUGCAUCUCAUGGUGAAAGACUGGCAACUGGAACUGCCCAAACUCUUAAUCUCUGUCCAUGGAGGCCUCCAGAACUUUGAAAUGCAACCUAAAUUAAAGCAAGUGUUUGGAAAAGGUCUGAUAAAGGCUGCCAUGACCACAGGAGCUUGGAUUUUCACUGGUGGUGUUAGUACAGGUGUCAUUCGUCACGUGGGAGAUGCCUUGAAAGAUCAUUCUUCCAAAUCCAGAGGACGAAUAUGUGCCAUAGGAAUUGCACCGUGGGGCAUUGUAGAAAACAAGGAGGAUCUAAUAGGAAAAGAUGUAACACGAGUUUACCAAACAAUGUCAAACCCUCUCAGUAAGCUCUCUGUGCUCAACAGUUCCCACACUCACUUCAUUCUGGCAGACAACGGCACUUUAGGUAAAUAUGGAGCUGAAGUAAAGUUACGGCGUCAGUUGGAAAAACACAUUUCCCUCCAGAAAAUUAACACCCGACUGGGGCAAGGUGUUCCUGUGGUUGGGCUCAUAGUGGAAGGAGGUCCCAAUGUGAUCUCCAUUGUCCUGGAGUGUCUGCGGGAAGAUCCCCCUCUCCCAGUUGUGAUCUGUGAUGGCAGUGGGCGAGCAUCCGACAUUCUGUCAUUUGCACACAAGUAUUCAGAAGAAGGAGGGAUAAUAAAUGAAUCCCUUAGGGACCAGCUUCUAGUUACCAUCCAGAAAACCUUUAACUACAACAGAAAUCAAGCUCAUCAGCUGUUUGUCAUUCUUAUGGAGUGCAUGAAGAAAAAAGAACUUAUCACCGUGUUCCGCAUGGGCUCCGAAGGGCAGCAGGACAUUGAGAUGUCCAUCCUGACUGCUCUCCUCAAAGGUACCAAUGCAUCUGCUCCAGACCAGCUCAGCCUGGCUUUGGCCUGGAACCGUGUAGACAUUGCACGCAGCCAAAUCUUUGUCUUCGGACACCACUGGCCACCUUUAGGAAGCCUUACAGCUCCUGAUGGUGCAGCUCCUGAGAAGGAAAAGAAAUCUCCAGUACCUCAGGCUAAAGCAGGCAGAGGGAAAGGAAAAGGGAAGAAAAAGGGAGGAAAAGCAAAAGAAGAACCAGAAGAAGAAACAGACCCAAGGAAACUUGAACUCCUGAACUGGGUGAAUUCCCUGGAGCAGGCUAUGCUGGAUGCMCUGGUUCUGGAUCGAGUGGACUUUGUGAAACUGCUUAUUGAGAAUGGAGUGAAUAUGCAGCACUUCCUGACCAUUCCUCGCCUGGAGGAGCUUUAUAAUACUAGAUUGGGUCCACCAAAUACACUGCAUUUGCUAGUCAGAGAUGUGAAAAAGGGAAAUCUUCCACCAGAUUAUCAUAUCAGCCUAAUAGAUAUUGGUCUUGUUCUGGAAUAUCUCAUGGGUGGAGCCUACCGCUGCAACUAUACUCGGAAAAGUUUUCGGACUCUUUAUAAUAAUUUAUUUGGACCAAAGAGGCCAAAAGCUCUUAAACUGCUGGGGAUGGAGGAUGAUGAGCCUCCUACCAAAGGGAAGAAGAAAAAGAAAAAAAAGGAGGAAGAGAUUGACAUUGAUGUGGAUGAUCCMGAAGUCAGCCGCUUUCAGUACCCCUUCCAUGAGCUGAUGGUGUGGGCUGUGCUGAUGAAACGGCAGAAGAUGGCCCUCUUCCUUUGGCAACGAGGGGAGGAAUCCAUGGCCAAGGCACUUGUGGCUUGUAAACUCUACAAGUCUAUGGCCCAYGAGUCUUCUGAGAGUGAGCUGGUGGAUGACAUCUCUCAGGAUCUGGACAACAACUCAAAAGAUUUUGGCCAGCUGGCUGUUGAACUCCUGGAUCAGUCCUAUAAACAUGAUGAGCAGAUUGCCAUGAAACUGCUGACGUACGAACUGAAGAACUGGAGUAAUUCCACCUGCCUGAAGUUGGCUGUGGCAGCUAAACACAGAGAUUUCAUUGCUCACACCUGCAGCCAGAUGCUCCUCACAGACAUGUGGAUGGGGCGCCUGCGCAUGCGCAAGAACCCCGGCCUUAAGGUUAUAAUGGGAAUUCUCUUCCCUCCCACCAUCCUUUUCCUGGAGUAUCGGAGUUACGAUGAUCACUCCUACCAGACAUCAAAAGAAAAUGAGGAAGGCAAAGAAAAGGAGGAGGAAAAUGCGGAUGCAAAUGCAGAUACAGGCUCCCGAAAAGGGGAUGAAGAGAAUGGAAAGAAAAAACAAAAGAGCCUUCCAAUUGGAACAAAGAUCUAUGAAUUUUAUAAUGCGCCUAUUGUCAAAUUUUGGUUUUACACAAUAUCGUACCUUGGGUACUUGAUGUUAUUUAAUUACAUCAUCUUGGUGCGGAUGGAACGGUGGCCAUCAGUCCAGGAAUGGAUUGUCAUCUCCUACAUUGUGACAUUGGCUUUGGAGAAAGUCAGAGAGAUUCUGAUGUCAGAGCCUGGCAAGCUGAGCCAAAAAAUCAAAGUUUGGCUCCAGGAAUACUGGAAUAUUACUGACCUGGUGGCUAUUUCAGUAUUUAUCAUAGGAGCAAUUCUUCGUCUGCAGAACCAGCCUUACAUGGGUUAUGGAAGAGUGAUCUACUGUGUAGAUAUCAUUUUCUGGUACAUUAGAGUACURGAUAUCUUUGGUGUGAACAAAUAUCUGGGACCUUACGUCAUGAUGAUUGGAAAGAUGAUGAUUGACAUGCUGUACUUUGUGGUCAUCAUGCUGGUGGUUCUGAUGAGUUUUGGGGUAGCCCGCCAGGCCAUCCUGCACCCAGACGAGGAGCCGUCCUGGAGGCUGGCUCGCAACAUCUUCUACAUGCCCUACUGGAUGAUCUACGGAGAGGUGUUCGCUGACCAGAUAGACCGUAAGAGUAGAAUUCAUAUCUAUGCCAUGGAAAUCAAUCCUCCUUGUGGCGAUAAUCUUUAUGAUGAUGAUGGUAAACGCCUCCCUCCGUGCAUCCCAGGGGCCUGGCUCACUCCUGCUAUUAUGGCCUGUUACCUUUUGGUAGCAAAUAUCCUGUUGGUAAACCUGCUGAUUGCUGUCUUCAACAAUACSUUCUUUGAGGUAAAAUCAAUAUCCAACCAAGUGUGGAAGUUCCAGCGGUACCAGCUGAUCAUGACAUUCCAUGACAGACCUGUCCUCCCCCCACCAAUGAUCAUCUUCAGCCACAUCUACAUCAUCAUCAAGCGCAUCUGCUGCCGCUGCAGGAAGGGGGAUGGAGACCAGGACGAGCGCGACAGGGGGCUGAAGUUAUUUCUGAAUGAUGAAGAGCUAAAAAAACUGUAUGAGUUUGAAGAGGAGUGCGUGGAAGAAUACUUCCAAGAGAAAGAGGAUGAGCAGCAAUCAUCUAAUGAUGAACGCAUCAGAGUUACAUCAGAAAGAGUUGAAAAUAUGUCUAUGAGGCUGGAAGAAGUGAAUGAAAGAGAACAUUUUAUGAAAGCUUCUCUCCAGACAGUGGACCUGCGGCUCUCUCAGCUGGAAGAGCUCUCUGGUCGGAUGGUGAAYGCUCUGGAGAAGCUGGCGGGCAUCGACAAAUCCGAGCUGACGUACACGCGCUCACGGGCUUCGUCAGAGUGUGAUGCUGCUUAUCUCCUGAGGCAGAGCAGUGUUAACAGCUCUGAUGGCUACAGCAUGUACAARUACCACAUCAGUGGGGAUGAGUUAACCUUCGAUGACAGCACCACUACCAUGUCRCCAGCCAUGCGUAGAAAAUCCCACUCUAUUGGUACCAAAGAAGAUGGGGCAGACCCAAGGAUGCUGGCUCCAGAACACCCCACUGGACUCCAGACCUCGAGUGCUAAUGCAGUGGCCACAGCAGAUCCCAGUAAAUCUGCAUUUGAAAUUGCACAGAAUGUUUCCAGACCCCAUUCUGGUUCAGUUGGGAGUGGAAAACAGGGGGUUUUCAGUAGCGAUGGAAUGAUUCCUCAAAGUGUAAACCAGAUGAAUGCUGUUACRAACAGUCAGUCAGUAGCAGGAUCAGAUUUUCAGAAAACUCAGUUAAAAGUAGAACGUACCAAAYUAGAAGCAACCAUCUCUUAUCCCUUGGACAAAUCCAAAGCAAUGCGCUAUUUUCCUCCUGAAACUUUCAGUACUUGCCAAACCACUAUGAUGAAAUCAAGGAGCUUUAUAUUUGCACAAGGYGGGAAGCUGGUUGGAGGCGUUAACAACUGGACCUCAGAGUAUAGUACCAUUAUGGAUCAGGUGUGCCCUUCUACACUUGAGCAGUGGGCCACAGAGUGGAAAUACGAAGUUGAGCAGCAGCUGUCUCAAGAGCCUCCUCCAGAAUACCCUGGGUUGAUCUCCGAAGCAGAAAAGCAAGCAGAGGAGAAGCAGAUGGACACAGAUGAUGAUAGUAACGUUGGUGAAGCAGGUAUGAGUGCCUCUUACACCUCUAUGCCUGCCACUGUCAAGGCUGAGAAAGAGAAUUUACUGUCCAUAAAGCCAGAAAGGACUUCUGGGUUCCCAUCAGUACGCUCAAAGAGUUUGCACAGCCAUUCCCGGAAAGCCAAGUCUGUGAAGGACAAAUUAAAUAGACCAGGACAUGCCAGCAGUGUAACUAAUUUGACGGUAGCAUUUGGCAGUACAACAGAAGAACAGAAAACUAGGCAAGAAAAUGCAUCCACAGAAACKGAAUGUUAAAGUGGCUUAUGGCUCCUGUUUUACCAAGUCAAGAAAGCAGUGUGACUAACUGAACAAAUUAGGGAUUUUAAAAUUAAUUUUGRAAGAAGAAUUUUGAAUAUAUGUGUUUUUUUUUUCUUUUAAACUUAGUAGAUACAUGUUCUGUUCUUAAAUAAAUGCUUGCUUGUUUGGGUGAGAGGGAGAUGUUCUCUCAGGGGCAGAUAAAAAGUAGGUGCAGUCCACAGAUGCCAACAAUAUAGAUCUUCCUUUGUUCCAUUUCAACCUCCCUCAUAAGCUCAUUUACAGACAAGCUCUUUAUAAMAGUUCUUAAAGGAAGAACAAUAUUAUAAUACAAUAAUAUUAUCAGAAGACUUCUCAAACUGAACAAAUUUUUAACCAGCCUUAGUUUUAUCCUUAUUUAGGCAGCUGGUUUCUUUGUGGCCAUGUUGUUUUUCAGAUUAAAAAAAAAAAAAAAAAAAAAAAAAAAAAAAAAUAAAAAAAAAAAAAAAAAAAAAAAAAAAAAAAAAAAAAAAAAAAAAAAAAAAAAAAAAAAGUUGUUGGAGGCAAGGAAAAAUGAUGCAGUCCCCUCUUUCACUUCUGAUUUCAUGCAUGCUGCUCAGCUUCUCUUUCGGAAUGGCACAACAUAGCAGUUUUCAUCCACUAAAAUAGGUCAGAGUGGCCAAAUGCAGUUGUGUUUGGAGAAAUCUGACCUGGAAAGCCAUGUAUAAGCGUAUUCUUAACCUGUCCUUGAACUUCAGUGGCAUAACGUUGCUUUCAGGAUCAUAUCUGUCCCCAACCAAAAGCAUGCUGACAGCCUUAAACUGUUGAAAAACAGUGAUCAUUGUUUCAAAAUGUUUAGGGAGAUUCUAAGAAUAUUAAGUCCAUGGAGAUUUUAAUAAUUGAAAUCCAAGAACUGCAUUCRUGUUUUAUAGAAAUGAGGAUUACARUAGAAGUCCAUGUAGAAUAAGAUUCUGGCUUUUCUUAGACGCCUGCAAGGGAAAUCAAAUCAAAACAAAACAGAAAAGGUGUUCUGAUCAGGUGAGAUCAAAAUAUAGCUGAUUUGUGCUUGAAGCAAAUCUACUGUGACAAAUUCAUCUUUUGUUYUGCAAUUUCAUUGUGACAACACAUGAGGAACAAGGAACAGUUUCUAGGAGUCUGUCUAAACAAAAGAUAAAUUUGCCAGAUGAAGUAGAAAUUCUGUACAUUUUCUUGAGUUAAUUUUGAAAACAAAUAUCAGAGGGGAAAAAAGCCUCUACAGCAAGUGUUUUGAUUACUGAGASUGGAAAUCAAUAUCUGUAGUUAGAUUUACCCAGAUCACUUGUCUCAGCAGUGGAAUCCUAAGUACUAGGUUUUGGUCAUUUUCUUCAUAAUAGUAUAAUGUUAUUUGCUUCAUUCCUGCCUGUUAAGUUUUAGAAAYUUUGAUUUCCCAAAUAAUUAGCACCUCUCUUUGCAGG